AUGAGCGAUUCGGAGGAAGAAGAUACUGGUACCAUCAGAGACCGCUCUCGAGAGCUUACUGCCAGUAACAACAACACUUCUUCUGCCUACUAUGCACCACAUCCCGCAACUAGGGCCAAUACAGUCAGCCGGAAUGUCCUCGAGUACGCCAAGAGACUUGGAGUCAAGACGAAGCUUCAUGCCGAGCAGCAAGAGAAGCUCAAUUCUUUUGCUGCAAACCCUCCGGCCACGCAAGAGAUGAAGAUCUUCUCACUCCUGCUCACCAUUCAACAGCAGCAAGAAGAUUUUAUCACUACACAGGCCCCAUGGGGGCCCUCUGAUGAACUCAUUGCCAACAUCCAAAAUUACACAAUCGGCGUCUUACUUCCUAGCCAGCUUGCAACAUACAAGGGUGUCGUGCUAAACAAUUAUGUUACAGGCAUCCUCAAACGCUACCGGUUCGACUUGCCGGCAGGUAUCGAGCGCAACCAUGGCCGCUGGGCCAAGGCAAAGAUCAAAAAGGCACUUCAUGCUGGCACUGACGGUGAUGACCAUCAGGAACACCUCAACAUCUUCAAGCUCACUGAAAAUUGA